GAAUUCUAAAAUUCUAAUGUACUCAAAUAAUUAUUAAUUAUUGUAAUUUGUUAUGUGCAAGUGUAACUUUUGACUUUUAAAUCUUGUUUUUGAAAAAUACACUUACAUUUUUUCUUUUUGAUAUAAAGUAUCUUUAUAAUCUUAAUCAAUAAUUAAAAACGAAAGUUCAAUGAUAUAAAAUAUUUUUAAUAGUUUAUUAAUAUUUCUAAGUAAUCAUAUUCAGUAUUAUAUUUUAAAAAUUAAAUUUUUUAGUAUUAAUUCAUUAUGUCGUUUAAUAGAGUUGAGGAAGAAUCAUUUAGUACUACUUUUGAUAUUGGGUCAUUACCUAAACACUAUGAAUUUAAUGAAUUUAUAUCGGAUGAAGAUGUAGAAUCAGAUAGAGAUGAUUUACCACGACUUGUACUUAUGGGCUUACGAGGGAGUGGGAAAACUUCUAUACAGAAAGUAGUAUUUCAAAAAAUGUCACCUAAUGAGACUUUAUUUAUUGGAAGUAAUAAUUCAAUGCUAAAAGAUGUUGUUAAUAAUUCAGCAUUUGUAAAUUUCCAAAUUUGUGACUUUCCUGGUCACUUCGAUUUUACUGAUUCUGAAUAUGAUGUACAAUCUAUACUUCAAGGAUGUCAAUCACUUGUAUUUGUGAUUGAUGCUCAAGAUGCUAUAGCUAGUGCACUUAAUCGUUUACAUUCAGUUGUUACAAAAGCCUACAAAAUUAAUAAGAAUAUAAAAUUUGAAGUUUUUAUUCAUAAAGUGGAUGGACUUACAGAAGAUACUAAAAUGGAAACUCAACGAGAAAUUCACCAAAGAGCUAAUGAUGACCUUGUGGAUUCAGGUGAUGAACAAAAAAUUUAUAUUAGUUUCCAUUUGACAUCAAUUUAUGAUCAUAGCAUAUUUGAAGCAUUUAGUAGAGUUGUGCAAAAGAUGAUUCCACAUUAUGCAACUCUUGAAAAUUUUCUGAAUAUCAUUAUUCAGACAUCUGGAAUUGAAAAAGCUUUUUUAUAUGAUGUAAAAACAAAAAUAUAUGUUGCAACUGAUUCAUCGCCAGUUGAUAUUCAAAGUUAUGAACUCUGUUGUGAUAUGAUUGAUGUUGUUAUAGAUUUAUCAAAUAUUUAUGGUAUGGGCCAAAAUCCAGGAUUGACGAAUGAUCCAGCUUUUGAUGAUCAAAGUUCAAGUCUAAUUAAAUUAAAUAAUGGCACAAUUUUAUAUUUAAGAGAGGUAUGCAGUUUUUUGGCACUUGUAUGCAUACUUAGAGAAGAUAACUUUGAAAAACAAAGAAUUAUAGAUUAUAAUUUUGUGAUUUUACGAAAAGGUAUACAUAAACUUUUUGAAUUAAAAGAUAAAGAAAAAGAAAGUAUUGAAUCUAGAAAUCCGCCAUCAUUUAAGUAAUCAGUAAUUUUAUUUAUUUAUGUUUGAAUAUUACAUUUAUUUCUAAAGUUGUACUCUAUUUUUAGAUAUAUAAGUUAAUAUUUAAUUAUUUUUAAAAGUUAAUUAAGUUAUUUUAUUGUAAAAAUUGUAAAAUUAAAAAAGUAUAAUAAAACAAAGAUAAAAAUUAUAAA